AGACACGUUUUAACCCACCGGAAGUAGUUGGUUACCUCCACCCCUCGCAUCCGCCAUGUUCUGCUACUAUAUGGGAAGGCGGGCGAAUUUGAAAGAAGAGCAGAUUCGUUUACAUCCAUAGAGACGGAAUAUUUUGUUACUUGUUUGAUAUUAUGCCACAUGACACAGUCAGAUAUUGACGGGUGUAAGUAAAACAAAGUGUUAGCUUGCCGCUUUACUAUCUGGACUGUCUCGCAAGAUGAGCAACAAAACUACGCGAUUAUCGUCGAGGAAAAGCAGCGAUCAAAUCAGAAAGUCGAAUGGAAAUAGUCCACCGCGAAGGAGGUCCUGCAGGUUGUCUGCAAAUGAUGAAAAUCUGGCCUCUAAAGUUGUGGCUCCACCUGUGGCUGUGAAACGGUCGAUCACUGUCAGGAAAAUUGCACCCAGGAAAACCCAGGCCCUGUCUGACGGCAACAAGGAGAAUGUGGAACAUUCAUCUGAAGUGCCGACAAAGCUGUCCAAAGUUUUGACAUCAUCCCCAGCUGUAGCAACAGCGCCUAAGACCACUGUCCUCUCGCCCAUCCUUCCUCCUUCAUCUCCGUCUUCUCAGCCCAUAGAAUUGGAGCAGGACCCCAUUUGGUCCCAAAAAGUGCGCCGCUCCUACAGUCGCCUGAGUAUUGGGGACAGGUCCUUUGAAAGCCCCAAAUCCCAGCCUGCACCUUCCUCUUCACCCAACAACCGAGAGACCCUGUUUGGUUUUGAGAGGCUGGAGACACCAGAGGUGAUGCGUAAAACUGAGAGAUCUAGAAUAGCUCCUCUGGGCUCUGUGUCUUUCUCCAUGGGUUCUUUCAACAUCUCUGCUGCUGAUGACAGUGCGUCCAACCCUCCAGAAGUUGAUCCAAACAUCCCUGGUGUUUGUCUAGGGAAGAAGACAACCAGGAGGAAGCGUGUACCACAGAUAAAGAUGUCAGAGUUGGAUGUUCUUGCCGCAAAGAUGAAUGCAGAGUUUGAGGAAGCUGAAAGUUUUGAACUCUUUGUUGAAUGAAAUUUCAAAAAGAGCCUCACACGCUCAGGACAUUUUCUGGACAUGUCAUACUUCACAACUUAUAGGAUAAAUAUUUUUCAUUCUGCUUACUACCCUCUGUUUGUUCCUGCUUGCAAAAUCUUCAUUGAUUAACUAAAGCGAGUUUUUAAGAGAUCAAACAAAUGUAGUUUUGUUGUUCUUAUAUCAUUUGAUUGUUUCACAGUGAUACAGUCACCAUUCAGAGAUUUCACUGCUAAAAAAAACCACGUUGUUAAAGGUGGUCUUUAUUUGUGUAUUUCAAUAUUAGAUGGAUCAGUGUGGGUAAAAUCAUUUAGCCCUUUGUAGGUCGUUUUGUCUCAUUUCUUAAAUGUGCUUUAAUGUAUUUAAUCACUACACAACUGUAGUGGCGUAAUGUUUUAAUAAAUAGCAUUUUGGAGAAGA